CCUGCCCAGGCUCCAGACUCUCCUGCAUCCUGCCUUGUAAUGCCUGAAGCCUUAAUAAAAUUCAAUAUAUAUAUACAUACACACACACACACAAAAGAAGCUAAAUAAAAAACAUUUUUAAAAUAUCCUUUAGCUAUAAUGUAGAUAUUUACGUCCUAAAAACGAUUAGCUCGAAUGCUAAUAAACAGAAAACAUCUGUUUUGCUUGUCAUGGUGUAAAUGGACGCUUUUAAUUAGCUAUCUUUUGUGGAUAAAAAAAAAUACUAAAUAAUACAUGUAAUAAAAAUGAGUAUAAACGAAAUAUUUGAAUUAAACAGUAUCAUUAGCAAAAAAAAAAAAAAUAGUCGAGUAAAUGUGUUUAAUAGGCAUUAUUUCAAUGGAGGUUUGAACAGAUUGACCUGUUAUACAUUUUUUAUUUUUUGUUUUUAAAUGCAAAUUUCAAAAUGGUUCCUGGCUGUCGAUUUUCAAUGCGGAUUUAAUGUCAUUUCAGCCUUAACUGUCUUCAUUAUCUAUUAGACUUUGCUGUCUUCCUUACUGAAGAUUCUUAUUAUUAUUGAAUGGACAUAACUGGAAGUAUGAAAUGGAUACAUACAUAGAUGUAUACAUACAUAUAACCUUUAACAUGUUUGAUCAAGGCUAAAUAUAUUCAAAUAUGGAUUAAACCUCAGCUCGGAUGCCCAUUUAAAUCAGUAACAAGGCCGCCACCUGCCACAAUCUCUCUCUUUUCCCUUGUAAUCAUUCAUUCAUCUUCAGUAACCUUUUACACUGGUCAGGGUCACGGUGGAUCCAGAUUUCUAUCCCGGGAAUGCUGGGUGGAAAUACACGCUGGAUGGGACAACAGGUCAUUCCAGGACGAUUCUCCGUAAUGAAGGUUUCUAAUCUGGUCCUGAUGACUGACAGAUUUUAUGAUCCCACUACACUUCUCUUCAGUUCUUUUCAUUUCUCUUCAUUUCAGUUUUCACAUUGUGUUUUGGCCCUAAGUGGUUAAGCAGACUAAACCCGAGUCAGGUGCUUGCAGUAACGUGACUUAGAAUGAGUCAUGCAAUUUUCCUCUCGGAGUGAAUCUUCGAGAUGAUCUGGACUAUGUUCCUGUGGUUAAACCGUCACUGCUUGAGCACAGAACCAGAAAAUCUGCCUGGUGGCAGCCACACUAACACAGAGACAUCCCAGUGGAAUUCAAGUGGCUCCUGAGAAAACUUUUUGAUUAGUGGAGCGCAAAGGACAUAAACGUCAGUUCUCUACUCAGAAUCAUACAAUAUCCACUGCUGGGUGCCAUUACUUUUGAAUAUAGGUCCAUAGGCCUAGAUCUUUCCAAGCUGAUGGUUGUAGAGUAACACUGUAAGGCGAUAUGGCCUUCAUUGCCUGUGCUUAGAGUGAUCAAUAUCUUUCGAAUGGAGGUGCUGUAAUCUUGGAGAGGAGCAGCAAAGCAUCAUGGGAGCGUGACUAGUGUAAAUAGGACAGAGAGUAUGUGUUCAGCCACGCACAGUCUCACUGCAGUGGAUCUGACCCACUCUUUCUCGAUUCACUGGAUAACACACACACAAUCCGUGUAUACACACACACGCAGCUGACGUGUGGUCUGUUUGCAGUGAGUAGGUGAGGUCUGUGUCAUGUGCCAUACUUCAGUGACCUUUGUUCCUGCAUGGAGAACGGAUCCUGUCCCAUCAGCACAAAAUAGAAUCCAGGAAGUGUGUGUGUGUGUGUGUGUGUGUGUGUGUGUGUGUGUGUGUGUGUGUGUGUAUAUGAGAGCACGUGUUUAAAUAUGUGGCUCACAAACUGUGCGUCUGGUUCUUUGUGUCUGCUCCCGGUGUAGAUCCUCCAUGUUUCCAUCUCUCACUCUUGCUCUAUUAAUGAUGUAUUUCUUAACAUCACUUUAUAUAUUAUACAUAUUUAUGUUAUAUGAUAGUCAAGAUGCAUGAAAUAACCAUUUGUUAAUAGAUUCUUUAUCUGAGUUGGGAAGGAUGAGUGAAAUACUCACUCACUGGGACUGACUGGCACAGAGGCCACACCUCCCUCAUUAGGACUGAUGGGCACAGAGGACACACCUCCUUUACUGGGACUGACUGGCACAGAGGCCACGCCUUCUUCACUGGGAGAGCUGGGAGCUUCAGAUUUGCUUCCUGGCAUAUUUGCCAUUUCUGACUUAGACCUAUGUUUUGCAAUAGACGUUGUGCUUCAGGUUACCCCAUUUUACUUCAAGAUGCUUAUUGCGGAAAUCCUGGCAUUUGGGACCCUCUACCCAGCUUAUUCCUCCUAUAAGGCAGUCAAGACGAAAAACGUUAAGGAGUAUGUCAAAUGGAUGAUGUACUGGAUAGUGUUUGCGCUCUUUACCACAGCAGAGACGAUCACGGAUAUGGUUCUGUCCUGGUUUCCUUUUUAUUUCGAGCUGAAGAUUGCUUUUGUCAUCUGGCUGCUGUCACCGUACACGAAAGGCUCCAGCGUCCUGUACCGCAAGUUUGUGCACCCCACGCUGUCCAACAAAGAAAAGGAGAUUGAUGAGUAUAUUGCUCAGGCAAAGGACCGUAGCUAUGAGACGAUGAUGCGCUUUGGAAAGAGGGGGCUGAAUAUCGCAGCCACAGCAGCAGUCACUGCAGCCACCAAGGGUCAGGGUGUGUUGUCGGAGAAGCUGCGCAGUUUCAGUCUGCAGGAUCUGACGCUCAUUCAGAAUGAGGAGGAGCUGCUGGAUGAUGAAACACACACUGCUGCUACACUGCCUCGUGCUAAAACACGUACAGUACGGGCCACAUCCAUACCGACAGACAGCGAAUCACAGCUUAGUUCCCGGUCUGAUGGCGACCAAUCAGAUAGCAGGAUGGAACACUCAGAUGAGGACGCUGCUGACAAAGUGCCCAAGCGAACAGCUAGCAUGAGAGCAGCAAAGAAACCAACCACUGCUAAGACAGAGACAGUUAAGACGGUGAAGAAGCAGCCAAAGAAGAAGAGCACCACCACGACCAGCAAUAACGCAGAGACGCCACCUUGAGAUCCCAGCCAAGGCCACAUGUACACUCACACACACACAUGGCUAAUUCUUGUAAUACUCCUCACUAUAAACACUAAUACAUUUGGAGAUAGGGUGUGACACACACCCACACACACAGACACACACACACACUAUCUCACUCACACUCAGCAAGGUCAUUGUUGCUUGUUAUAGAUAGUUUUUCAGCUUCUGUAUUGAAAAUGCUGUAAUGUGUGUGAGAGUGUGUGUGCAGACUUCUCACUACUCAAAACGUCCUCUGUAGGCCUAACUCUUAGUGGCAUCCCUCUAAGUAUCUUUACACACUUCAUCCACUUUCUCACAGCUCCCCUAUGUUUUAGGACAUUGUGUCUUCCUGUCACUGUUCCUUUUUAAGCAUGUAGGACAUACCGCGUGGGACUUGCAGACAGGAAAAAAAACAAUGAGAGAUGGAAGGAUGGACUCAUAGCCUGUUGGCUUAGCUUUUCGAGACUCUCGCAUGCAAGCAUAAUGAGUCGAUUGAAAGUAAGUGGUGGAUUUCAGGGCUGCAAGCACAGCUCUGUCUUCACUCCAUACCACAGAACAUUACUCAUCAUCGGCUCUGAAAGAUUUACGCUUAGGGAGAGGUUCUGUUUCUCCAAAAGCUCUUGCUGUUAAUGAGGGCUUUAUUGGAACUGUUGCUGGAAACAGUCAGGCUUCACUUCAUGUCUGUCUUCUCACUGAACAGCACAGUUCAUUACGGCUAACACAAUAGCCACCUCAUUGGGUUUAUAUUACCAUUAUAAUAAGAAUAAUGAAGGCUUAUAAUAGACAUGCAGAAUAGGGACAGGCACUAUGACAACAAUAUCUUACGACAGAGGAUGUCCCAAUCUCACGUUUUUUUAUUUUUGAUAUGGUACCAUUAUCAGUAUUAACCGAUAUCUGAUACUGAGCUCAUCAUGAAGGUCCUGAACGGCCUGAUGUAUCCAGUUCAACUCUCUCCAAACUUCUAUUGCAGAGUUAUCCACGUCAUAAAAUAUAUUUCCAGCUCAGUUCAGAAAUAACAUUAAAUCUGAUCCAGUAUUGAUCCCCAGAUUCAGAUCAGUAUCAGAUCUGACACGGAUGCUUGGUGUGUCGAUACUAAUCGAAUCGGUGCGUCCCUAAUGAAAAUACUUGAGAUUUUCACAUAGGGACAUGCAGACAGACAGACAGACAGAGACAGAGACACACAAAUAACAGAGACAUACUGGCAGACAGAGACAGACAGAGGCAUACAGACGGAGAUGCACUGACAAAGACAUACACAGACACGCAGACAGAGACAGACACAUAGAAUGAGACAGACACACUGACAGACAGAGAUACACUGACAGACAGAGACAGACUCACAGAUGGAGAAACACAAGGGACAGACACAGACACAGACACAGAGAGACAGAGACAGUUAGAGACACACAAGGGACAGACACACAAGAUGCAGAGAUACACGGAGACAGACAGACACACACACACACACACAGAGACACAGAGACAGACUCGCAGACUGACAGAAACAGACAGAGACACACAGAGAGGCACACAGACACACAUGACCGUAUAAAACAAUUUAAGUAAUGAGAAAAAGAAACAAGAGAUAACAUUUCAACAUCCAGUCAGCUACUCUGACUAACGAUGGAGUCGAUCAGUACUACACUUUACUGAGAGUAUGAUGUGUAUCAUGGCGUGGUUAAUCCUGAUAUCGGGAUCAUGUCAAAUCAUUUCGUUCAUUUCUACUGCGUACGAUCAGAAGACACUCAGCCCGUGUGUCGUGGCAUCAGGCAAAUACUGUGGCACAUCUGAGUUGCUGGUAAAAGCAUGUGUUUACAUAUUAAAAUAUGGCUUUUUAGCUGUUUUAUUUCUUUUAAUGGAAGUGUGAGCUUGACAGUAUGCGACUCAAUUCAGUGUAGAAUUGAGUUCUGUGGAAAUAUUUAAUCAGAUGUAGGAAAGUUUACAGCAUGCCAUGUUGUGUGUUAGAUGUGAUGAAAUUUUUUUGUUUUUUUUUUUUGGUGAUAUAAUGGAAUUAAUGGAAACAGCAUUGCUGAAGGCUAAGUAAAAGAUCCAAUCUGGAGCCUAGCUCACGCUAUCCUGCUCAUUACGGUUGUGUCAAAACCAAGGAAUUAAUUUAUUUUUCUCCCUAAUAGUCUUGUAUAUUCCUAAAGUCACCGUUUGGCUGAUUAAUUCUUACGAUUAAAGGAAAGAAACUGUCUGUCUGCUGACAUUUUUGUGCACUACAGCCCUUGACAGUGAGUUUCAUUGCCUCUAUUUUAAAUGGCAUCUAAAUUCUCCACAGGCAGGAUUCUGUCAAAUCGGCUUGAGAGCUGAUGCUUAAAUGUAGAUGAGAAUCUGUUUUGCCUCUUAGCAGACAGUGUAGAUACUGAUUUCAGAUCAGUUGUUUUAUAUCAGCCUCCAGCUGUGAUGUCAGGAUUGAUUAGGUUUUGAGUUGAGUAACUGGGCCAUGCAGUUUCUACAGAGAACCAACAGCAGGCGCCAAAGUUUCACUGAAAUAAAACACAAAACCAGGCGGCUCUGAAAGGUCUAAUUUAUAAUAAUUUAUUACCUGUUAUUAGCUAGUUUGACUUGUAAUUCGAAUUGUUUGGGUUCAAUCCAAACUUUCCUAAGCUAAAACUAUAAUUACUGUCAACUUUCAUCCACGUAAUGUGGUCUCUAGGAAUAAAAACUAUUAUUGCUCUAAUCAAUCUAGCCAAGUUAUUAUUGUACAUAUUGAAUAGUUGGCAUUCGUUCGUAAUUUAAAUCUGCACUGGAAUUUAUUUUACAGUUAAAGGGGCUGCAAAAAGUUUGCUCUAAUGUAUAUUAUUAUAUGCAUCAGGGGGCAGUUACAUACUUAGGGCCUCAGCUGGACACUACUGGAAAAAAAUCUAAAUGUAAAUAUUAGAAUACUUUUGACUGUACAGAAUGAGCUUGCUUGCCUUACUCUCUUUAAUGGUGUUCUUUUUUUCCCCUCCGUUUUCAUCAUCUCUGAAUAUUUCUCGCUUUUAUGAUAGGAGAGCUGUAAAAAGGACCUUGUGUGUAUUGUAAAUAUUGAUUGUUUUUAAUUUGCAUUCAUUCUCAUUUCUUUUGUCAGCUUAAGAACAUGAGAGGUUAUUUUGAGAAAACAUCAUAAAAAUGUAACACAUUCUCCGGCUUCUCCGGAUUUUCUUUUUCAUAAGAUAAUUCCCAUGUGGUAAAGAAACAAUACAUUUGUUCUGCAUUCUGUCACUCUUUCGUCUCUCAUUUUAAAUUGAACUUUUGGACUUUGAGAGAGAAAGCAUUGAAAAUAGUAUUCACAGUAUUGUAAUGCCAGUUAAUUUCACAUUCAGAUAUUGUCUUCUUUCUUUAGGGAAUAUUUCCUGCAUCAUAUUCGCCAGCAUUAUUCUUGUGUAUAGGACUUUAAAUAGUGAGACAAUAUUCAGCACUAAUAUAUUGUUUGUGCCAGUAGUCAAUACUCCACUAUAAUAAGAAUGAGGCGGAAAUGGAAGAAUUGCUGCUCUGUACUGAAAUAAAAAGAUGAUUAAAGCA